CCAGACCUUCGAAUAUUGACCCCACAUUGACCUCCUCGUCUGGCCAGCCUCGCACCUUUACCAUCUUGUACCAUGGCAGCCAUCACACUCUUCCUCCACGCUCCAGCUACCAACAUCUCCUCUGAGCGACUCCUCUCACCCAGCGAGUCCAUCUCCUCACUCCGCAGCCGCCUCGAGCACCUCACCGGCAUCCCUCCCACCGCACAGAAAAUCUCCCUCUACACCUCGCGCACAGACGAUCCCAGCCCUUCUGCACCGCCUAGACUCGUGACGCCUGUCCGCUCUGAACCUGCAUCGGAUGAGGAGGAUGAAAUCACACUGAUGAUGCUUGGGGUGAGAGAGGGGAUGGGAAUCAAGGUCGAGGAUACACGACCCCCCGACGUGGCUAGGAUGUACACUGACGAGUCGCUGCUGAAGGAGAGGUUCGAGCUGACAGAAGAAGAGUAUGCGAAUAGGAGCGAUACUGUCCUCUCCUACAAGCAGCGUCACAAAAUGGGCCGCUUCGACCCAAAUGCCGUCGCCUCUGCCGAGGCAGAAGCUGCCUCCAUCGAAGAGCAAGUAGCAUGGGCUCACACCGCCUACCCGCUUGGCUCCCGGUGCGAAGUGGAAGGAGGUUACCAGCGCAGGGGAGCUGUGCGAUUUGUGGGCACGACGGAAUUUGCAAAGGGCGUGUGGGUGGGGGUGGAGUACGAUGAGCCGGUAGGGAAGGGAGAUGGAAGCGUCAAUGGCUCGCGAUACUUUACCUGUUCAGCAAAGCACGGAGGCUUCGUCAAGCCAGACAAGGUCAAAGUGGGCCACUAUCCACCCAUCGAGCCCUUCGACGAGGAUGAUGAAGAGUUUUGAGCAAAACCCACCUCGAAGUGAAGCUUGGCGAGAUGGAAGCAGGUGUCACAGACUGGAUAUACCUUACCUUUAUCGUGCUAUGUCUACGUGGGAGCUCGAAGGGCCGCAAUGCAUGCUUGGUGUUCGCCUUC